AUGACGGCCCCGUGUCCUCUAGUGGGACCUGUGGGACCUCACAGCCCAGCACCGUGCGGCUUGAUUGCGCUAGAGAACACCAUUUGUCAGGUCCGCCAAUGGCGUUCUGUUCUCUUCACAGAUGAGAGGAGGUUCACACUGAGCACAUGUGACAGGCCUGAAAGAGUCUGGAGACGCUCCGAUGAACGUUAUGCCGCUGGAACAUCAUCCAGCAGGACCGUCCUGCUGUGCGGAGUUAACGGACAGUUUAUAAACUCCACGGAGUCUCCAGAACAAUUACAACAACUCUCCGACUCCACUUUAAUUUCUGAACAUGAGAGCAACCCGUCUCCUGGUGUCCGCACAGCGCGGAGGAAACGCUUCAUCAGUCAGAGAGACAUGGUGGCCAUCCUGGAUUAUCAUAACCAAGUCAGAGCCAGCGUCUUCCCACCUGCUGCUAACAUGGAGUAUAUGGUGUGGGACAAUGAUUUGGCCAGGACAGCAGAAGCCUGGGCUGCUACCUGUCUGUGGGAACAUGGACCAGCUUAUCUGCUGCAGUUCUAUGGACAGAACCUGUCUGUCAGGACAGGAGGCUAUCAAUCCAUCCUGCAGCUGGUCAAGCCUUGGUAUGAUGAGGUCAAUGACUAUGUGUUCCCUUACCCUCGCUACUGCAACCCUAGCUGCCCCCUGAUCUGCUACGGACCCAUGUGUACACACUACACACAGAUGGUGUGGGCAUCCACUAACAGAGUGGGCUGUGCAGUGCAGACUUGCUACAACAUGUUUGUGUGGGGAGUUGUGUGGAGAGAAGCCACCUUCCUCGUCUGCAACUACUCUCCCAAGGGUAACUGGAUCGGAGAGGCUCCGUACAGAGUUGGCGUUCCUUGUUCAGCCUGUCCGUCCAGCUAUGGAGGCACCUGCAGCAACAACAUGUGCUUUCAAGGUGUCCAGUCCAACUACAUGUACUGGUUCAAGUAA